UCUUCAUGUUUACAGUUUCGCAUUCCACUUCCCUUCCAUACCGACCUCGCCAUCGCAGCCGCCGCCGUGCGCCGUCGGAGGAGGUCUCCGACGCUGAGAUGUCCUACGGAGAGGUACCGCCUCGCCAGGACGCGGAGUCCUUAAUCAGGGGAGCGGCGAACCGCGCCGCGCCGGGCUCGGCCGGCGAGGAAGACGAGGAGAUGUACGACGACGACAGGAGCUCCGAUGCCAGCGACUACUCCUACGACGACGACGACGACUCCGGUGAGAGCGGCUGGUAUUACGAAGACCGCGAGGAGGAGGAGGAGCAGGAGGGCGCCGGCGGGGACAGGGCCUGCGGGAGCGCGGAGGAGGAGGCCGCGUCGGCCGGCGUCGGCGGCGGCCCUAAGGCGGAGGGGAGUGCCCAGGCGGCGGCCACCUGCUGCAUCUGCAUGGAUCCCUGGGCCCCCUACGGCGCUCAUCGCAUCUGCUGCAUUUCCUGCGGACAUGUCUACGGCAGAUCCUGCUUGGAGAGGUGGCUGCUCCGCUGCGGCAACGUCAGCGCCAAGUGCCCUCAGUGCAGUGAAAGGUUCAAGCACAGGCACAUCAUCAAUCUCUACUCGCCGGUGCAUCUCUGGAAUGAUUGCUGCCUCAAAGAGAUCCGAGCCCAAAGUACGAGUUCAAUUUCCUCUGUACACCCUUGUCCAGAUGCUAUUUCAUUUAGGAUCUCCCAACUCGAGGCCCGGAUGGAGGAAGAAAGGAGGCUACGUGACGAAGCCGUGAGGAGGCAAGAGGAGAGGAUAGCGGCACAGAAUCGAUUCUUCGAGGAGAGGACGGCAGCACAGAAUCAACUCUUUGAGGAGAGGAUGGCGGAACAGAGUCAAUUCUUCAAGGAGCAAAGGGCGGCACAGCGUCAAGACUUCGAGGAGAGCAGGGCGGCACAGCGUCAAGACUUCGAGGAGAGCAGGGCGGCACAGUAUAAAUACUUCGAGGAGAGACUGGCGGCACAGACCCUAGCCUUCAAGGAGAUGCUGGCGGCACAGAGUCAAGCCAUCAAGGAGAGGAUUAGUCGAGGCAUAGAGGAGAGGUUGGAGGCAGAACGAGCUCUCUACCAGGAGCAAUUCCAGAGUCCUGAUGCUCUCAACGGCAAAAGUCCGCUAUUGAUGCCAAGCCUUCCUCCUCCACCUGCUCCGCACACUCAUACGCAUCUAUUAGCUGGAUCGAAUGACCCUGGUGGUGGUACAUGUGCACACGAUCAAGGAAGCCUAAGCACCCAUCAUGGUGGUGCUACUCCAACGUCGAGAAAUUGACUCAGAGUUAACUCUUCUCGACUCUUGUUGCUAGAGUGUAGACAUCAAAACCAGAUUUGUUGUGAAGGAGCAAGGUGAAGCUCUGGGGUUCCCCCAACCUCCCUCCGCCGGAGUGGCCGACAGAGGGGGAGGCCACCCGUGGAUUUCACCGGCGGCCGGCCAUGGGGGAAAAUAACGCUUGCCUCCGGAUCGUCUCUCUGCACUGAAGAAGAAAGGGGAGGCGGUUACGCACAUGACGUAAAAUACGUUAGUAGAGAAAGUUAUCGUCAAAGUUCAGUUCCAUAGAUCAGCUUAAUCUCAUGGUUUUCUUUUCACCUGAACUCUCACUGUUUGGUACUUCCUCCGUCCGAAAAUACUUGUCAUUAGAAUGGAUGUAUCUGGAUGUGUUUUAGUUUUAGAUACAUCAUUUUUAUCCAUUUAUGCGACAAGUAAUUCCGGACGGAGGAAAUACUAUAUUGCGUACAAGUAAUCCAUUGACGGUGUGAAACCGUUUCGGCAGAA